AUGAACUCAACGACCACUGAAAUAAAGAGGCUUAACCGUCUGCUUCACAGCCGACUGAUAAAGACAAUUCUCCUCGUUACAGCAACUGUCUUCAUAUUCUACUCAUCCAUUGGAAAGCUUUUUAUAAACAACACCUUCCAGGAUAAACAGUUUUACCAGCAGCUUGAGCGUAAUGAAGAGCAGUCCGAUCUCCAAUCUCGAGCUUUUGGUAAAAAGCUGACCUGGGACGAUGCGAAGAGCAAGGGUCAAUUGCUGGUUUGUGCUAUGCAGAAAAGCGACAAAUUGGCACUCGAUUGUUUCCCAGCGGGGAAACGGCCGCAACAGAUCGCAAGUAAAUUUCUAAGUUAUUCCGAGCUGAGCACAUGGGGCUGGGCUCGUGAUGUUGAGGAUGUUAGCGAAAUGUCCGCAGAUGAAUCAUCUCUUCUUCCCAUCGAACGCGUCCUCGGUAUCUCUUCUAGUAACUCGUGGUUCAUCAAGUGGAUACAUGACGAAUCCGUGGAAGUGAACAACGUACUGUACGAAUCUACUGGGGGCUUCUAUAACAACGCUUACAACCUUCCCGGUGGAACUAUCAUAGCAGACCAUUCUCAAAGCCCCGCAUAUACGUCUUACAUUGAGAACUGCGAUGAUGGUAAACCUUUGGUUGAUCCUUUGGUUCCUCUGAGUGUGUGGUCUGAUGUGUCAUUUUUGGAAUGGCAGAAUUUGUGCUCUAUUUAUGGAGCUUCCGUCCAGAGCUUGAAACAUGUAGUUCAAAGUCAUAUCGUCAACAGUGAAACCUUAGAAAUUCUCCCAACCGCGCUUGACGAGUCUGGUACUGAUGUUGAUUGGGAAAAGUAUAAGGACGGCAAGAAGUUCACUGGUGGCGCGACGUUUGAAGCUUUACUUGGAACUCCUGUAGCCUCAGGAACAAGUUGGAUGCUCAUUCAACAUAAGAAUCAGCUUGGGUUGAAAAGAAUCGCCUCAAUUACAAUUAUGGGUCAACAUCUAAAUAACGAGUAUAUCAAAGAAUGGGUACCAGCAAUGAUACUGACAAUCGAAGAUGUAUGA